UCUACGCAGUGUUACUGUGUUGUGAGACUAAUUUUUGUGACAUAUUUGAAUGAUGUGUGUGGAUCGCACGGAUUUUCAUCCAGUUUGAUGCUGCGAUAAAAUGGUACGAAAUAAAUUGCAACAGUGAGGCAAAAGGUGGCAUUCUCCAGUAAGAAGAUGAAAUGGCGAGCGGGAGGCGUGUCGGGCGCGGCUGUCGCCGCGGUGCUGCUCACGCUGCCUCUCAUCACCUCUUCUUCUGGAGACAUACGGCACCACGGCACACGUGCGCGAGGCUGGCGGGCCUCCGUGGCAGCGCCGGCCGACGUCACCGCUAACAACUCCGUCAGCAACGUGACAGCACAGCUCGGCGGAACAGCCUACCUGCACUGCCUCGUCGGACACUUGAGCGAGCGCGGCCAAGUAUCCUGGGUGAGGAAAAGAGACUGGCAUAUCCUCAGCUCCGGAAAAUUCACAUAUACCAACGAUGAAAGGUUCCAGGUACUACACGGAGAGGGCUCCGAGGACUGGACCCUUCAAAUCAAGUUUGUCCAGAAGAGGGACAACGGAACCUACGAGUGCCAGGUAUCAACCCGCACUGGUAUAGUGUCCCACUACGUGCGUCUCCAGAUCGUGGUACCCGAAGCCUUCAUCCUGGGCUCGGGGGAACACCAUGUGGACCUCGGCAGCGUCAUACACCUCAUAUGCAUUGUGGAAAAGAGUCCAACGCCGCCGCAAUACGUGUUCUGGUACCACAACGAUCGCAUGAUCAACUACGACGCGACGCGCGGGGGCAUCACCGUGGAGACGGAGCCGGGGCCCCGCACGCAGUCGCGGUUGACGGUCCGCGGGGCCACGCUCCGCGACUCGGGGAAUUACACCUGCAGCGCCAGUAACACCGAGCCCGCUUCUAUACACGUCUUCGUGUCUGAAGGCAGCAACAAAAUGGCGGCCAUCCUCCGACGGAACACGAGCGCGAUCCAUGGCAUCACCUCCAGCAUCACCUGUCUCCUCUUGUUCUCCUCUGUGAUCAUCCACUUCGCCCUCCGAUGACGUUAGUGAAAAGGGACUUUAAAUUGACGUGUUAGGGUUCAUUUUUGAAUUUCUGCUACAUAGAUUAAUUAGAUAAGAUGUGUAACGUACUGUAUACAAUAGUUUAACUGUUGUAUAGGAUCCGUCUGCUUGGACUUGUCCGCAAGAUUCCGCAGUUUUUUCUAAUUCGGUUCGAAACCAGUAGGCUCAUUUACUACUCCUAUGGGUCGUUUACAUCAGCCCUGUAGAGAGAGGAAGUGAGCAGGGAAGUGGGCAGCGCGAGAAUGUAAAUAGUCACUCGCACUGCCACUGGUCAUGCUACUGCCUCUGCCCGACGCGGCAAGUAUGUAGUGGGUUCAUUGUAAACACUUAGUACUCGCGUCAUAACUGCCGCAGAGACGUACUCAGGGCAAUAUUGCCGGAAGCACGGCAGCUGUGGCUAAAUGUAAACGUCCUAUUUGAAAUGUAAUUUGAUUCAAAUUCAGAAUCAUGAUUUUUUGUUAAAUUUUUACCUACAUUUCAAAGAAAACAAUAAAAACUACUUGCUCAGUUAUUUACUCAUAAAGGUAAAUUGAUGAGAAAAAUAUUAUAAAAAAUACCCUAAAAUUAAAGUAAGAAUAUUUGAUAGUCUAAAAGAAGCGAAUAGUCCACAAUUUAUUCAUUUUUUUUGUAAAACAUUUUAGGAGUUAUUGUGAAAACAUCUUUUAUAUAAUAUACCUACAUACUGCCAAUAAAAAAUGCUCACAGUCCAAACUAUAUUGCCAGCUCAACAUUGCCACCACACAAUAAUAAAUAUUAAAUGCCAGACACCAACACCUGUUAAAGUAAAUUGUUGAUUAAAUAUCAUAUUAAUAUUUACGUGCAGUGCCAGUUUUAGCACAGCGCCCUGGGUGAGAAUUCUUCCUCGCUCAGGAGUGGUAGUGCUGAAAAAAUUGGCACCCCUUUUGUUUGCCUUCAGCGCCCCUUUUUAUCUGGCGCCCUGGGCGGUCGCCCAGCGUCGACCCCCUAAAGCCGCUACUGUUAACGUGCUCUUUCUUUUUACUAAUAAAUGAGGCCAUGAUAAAUUAAACGACUAAAGGUCAACAAACGUAGAUGAAACUGGCACUAAAUCUCAUAAUAUCUAAGUCAUUUCAGGAAAUAUCUAAAUGAAAAUAUAUUUUUUGUCUAC